UCUCCUGUGCCUCCUGGUCACCCAGCCCAGAGCCUGGCACUGUGUAGGUGCUCAUGGAAUCUUUGGUGAACAAAGUAACCAGUGAACAAAAGAGUUCCUGGAGUAUGGAGGUGGGAGAGACCCCUGUAGAGGAAACCCCCUGAAGCCCACCCUUCGGCCAGGGUCCGGGGAUGGGACAUCUGCAGAGAGCUCUGGGAAACCUGGGUUUCGGGGAGCAUCUGGAUCGGGGAAAAAGGGCAUGGGCUUUGGAGCCAGGCCCGACCCAGGCCACUUCCUCUGUGUGCUUGAGGAAGUGGCCUCGCUUUGCUGAGCCUCAGAGUUCCCCUCUGUCCAAUGGGGCUCCUGAUCCCACUGUCUCAGUCCACGUGGCCCAUGGUAGGUGCUCAAUGGACGUUUGCUGAAUGACUGAAAGACCGAAUGUCGAUCAUAAGUUAUGGCCAUGCCCUGUGGGCAGCAAGGCUCUGUAGCUCAUCCUGGACUCCAGUCACAGCAACACCUGGCUUCUCCCAGGUGGAUCCAAUGACCCAUUUUCCUUUGAUUUGAAGCCAGAGGUAUUCCUGGGGAGAUGGCGGAACAGCAUGGAGCUCCUGAGCAGGCUGCAGCUGGCAAGAGCCAUGGAGGCCUUGGGGGCAGCUACAAGGUGAUCGUGUACGAACUAGAGAACUUCCAAGGCAAACGCUGCGAGCUUUCGGCCGAGUGCCCCAGCCUGACCGACAGCCUGCUGGAGAAGGUGGGCUCCAUCCAAGUGGAGUCCGGGCCGUGGCUGGGAUUUGAGUCUAGGGCCUUCCGCGGGGAGCAGUUUGUUCUGGAGAAGGGGGAUUAUCCUCGCUGGGAUGCCUGGUCCAACAGCCGUAAUAGUGACAGCCUCCUGUCCCUCCGGCCUGUGAACAUUGAUAGCCCAGAUCACAAGCUGCAUCUGUUUGAGAACCCAGCUUUCAGUGGCCGCAAGAUGGAGAUAGUGGAUGAUGACGUGCCCAGCCUUUGGGCUCAUGGCUUCCAGGACCGUGUGGCAAGUGUCCGCGCCAUCAAUGGGACGUGGGUUGGCUAUGAGUUUCCCGGCUACCGUGGGCGUCAGUACGUGUUUGAGCGGGGCGAGUACCGCCACUGGAAUGAGUGGAACGCCAGCCAGCCGCAGCUGCAGUCUGUGCGCCGCAUCCGCGACCAGAAGUGGCACAAGCGGGGCUGCUUCCUCAGCAGCUGAAAGGCACCCAGACCUCAAAGACCCAGACCCACGCUGCGGGGGCUGCAAGGGCAAGAAGAGGAGGCUCCAGGGCUGGGCGAGGGCCGACCUGUCCACCCUUCCCUGGAAUCUGCUCAAUAAAGCCUGGGGUUGGUCCCCCACCUGCCAUGUUCCUCGGCAUCACUUCCUGAGGGAGCCAGGCCUGGGGCAGGACCUGUGGGAGAGGCGUGCUGAAGGAGGCUGGGGCUUGAGUUCUGAGACUCCCAGGAAGGGGUUGUGAACUUUGCCCAUAUCCUAGGCUCUAAUCCUUUCAGGCAGAACCAUGUGCUCCUACUGCCCUGAUCUUGUGUUUGUCUGCUGGUGCGUGUUUCCACCUGAAUGUCUGUCAGUCUACCCACCCACUCAU